AUGAGUAAACAUCAAAAAAAUAAUGGGUCAUUUUUCAAUUCUCCCUCAGCAACUGCAGCUUUGUUUUAUAAUCAUAAUCAACAAUGUUAUGAUUACUUGACCACACUCUUAAACAAUAAUGACAAUGCAGUUCCCACAACUUAUCCAUCAGAAAUAUAUAGCCAGCUUUGUGCAGUUGAAAAUAUUCAGAAGUUAGGAAUCGAUGAUAGAUAUUUCAGAAUAGAAAUAGAUAAUACUUUGGAUAACAUAUACAGAUUAUGGAUGCAAAAAGAUGAAGAAAUAUAUUUAGAUGUGAAUUGUUGUGCUUUAGGAUUUCGUCUAUUAAGAUUGGAAGGAUACGAUGUUUCUUCUGAUGUGCUAGCACAUGUCUCCGAAGAAGAAUAUUUUUUCAAUUCAUUAGAAGUUUGGACAAGUUCUUUCUUGAAACAACAACUACUCACAGAUGCCAUUAAAGAUUCUAAACUACAUGAAGAGGUUAGUCAUGCUCUAAGAUAUCGUUAUGAUAGUUUAAAUUUCCUUGAGAUGAGAUGGGAAAUAGAGCAACAAAAGACAAAUAGUGUUCAACUUCUGAAAACAUCUUAUAGUCUUAAUUAUAAUAAUAGUGAGCUAUUGACGCUGGCAAUCCAACAAUAUAACAUGUGCCAAUUGUUGUAUCAAAAAGAAUACCAAAAUCUUGAGAGAUAUGUUAAGGUUUGUAGAUUUGAAGAACUGAAUUUUGCAAGGGUUAUGCUACUUAAUUGCUACUACACAACCUCUGCAAUCUUAGUUGCUCCUGAACUAACCGAUGCUCGAAUAUCCACUAUCAAAAAUUGUAUUCUAGUUACUGUUGUUGACGACUUCUUUGAUAUUGCUGGUUCCAAGGAAGAAUUGGAAAAUCUAGUUCAAUUAGUCCAAAGGUGGGAGGAAACUUCAACUAUUGGCUACCGCUCUGAGCAAGUUAAGAUCAUUUUUUCAGCACUAGAAGGUAUGAUUAAAGAGCUUGAUGCUAUUGCGUUCAAACAUCAUGGAAGAAGUGUUGAGCAUCAGUUGGUCAAAAUAUGGGAUGAAUUGCUCAAGUCUAUGAUGAAAGAAGCUGCAUGGGCCGGAGAGAAUGCAAUACCGUCAUUAGAUGAAUAUAUGGAAAAUGCAUACAUAUCUUUUGCCUUAGGACCCAUUUGUCAUAUAACAACCUAUUUUCUUGGAAUAACAUUGCCUGAAGAAAUAAUGCUAGGGCCACAAGUACAUAAACUAUUUAAGCAUGUUAGUCUGGUUGGACGACUUUUUAAUGAUCUUCGAUCUUUCAAGAGAGAACGCGAACAAGGUAAAUACAACAGCAUAUCGCUACGUGUACUUCAUAGUCAAGGGAACAUGACAGAAGAAGAAGCUAUUGAAGGUGCAAAACGAGACAUUGAGAUGUAUAGCAAAGAAUUGCUACUACUCACAGUGCAAAAGGAAGAGAAUCCGCUUCCAAAACCUUUUAGGGAGUUGUUUUGGAACUUCAGUAACUCAUUGCACUACUUUUACGUUGACAAUGAUGGCUACUCAAAUCCCAAAAAUAAAAUGGCCAGUGAUGCAAAAAUUGCUUAUCUGGCACUACAAGUGGAUAGUAGAUACUCAGUUAAGUCUGGCUACUACAAAUACCUUGAGUUUCAUAUGAAAGGGCCCAAAGAGGGAGAUCAACCCUCUCCGUCCAACUUAGUCCUUUCAAGAAAGGACUGGAAUAACUUUUGGCAAAUGAAUAUUCCAAAUACGAUUCGUUUCUUCAUUUGGAAAUCCUUUCACAAAGGCAUUCCGGUCUUAGAGGCCUCGAAUUUUUGCCUAAAAAUGAACCUCAAUUACCCGCGCCAUUGCCUAAGAAAGGAGACUCCAUCAUCUCUUUUUCGUCUUUGGAGAAGGAGGAAAAGGACAUAUUGGUUAAUAUUUGGGUCUUUAUUAUAUGGUAUAUUUGGAAAGCCAGGAAUUCAAAAAUCUUUCAACCAAAUUCCUGAACAGUACACGAGCCGCCAUGCCUUGCAAAAUAGGAAGGAGUUUGAUGAUGCUCAAUCUUAG